AUGAGUGACUUUCCCCCCAAUCUUUCAAUUCGUCCACUCACCAUCGAAGACCUUGACCAGGUGGUCGCUCUUGAGGCUAAGGGGUUCUCCCCCGAGGAGCGGAGCACUCGGGAGAAGCUCACGUACCGCUUGAAUAUGUGCCCCGAGUUGUGCCUGGGGUUGUUCAUCAGAGAAUUCGCCCCGCGAUACCGGGCGAUCAACUUGCCCACCGAUAAUACCCAAGCCUCGGCCCCUCAAGAGGACGAUUCUGACGACGAGCACGCCCCGUUGCCCGUCAAGUCGUCUGUUGUCAAGGAGACUUUGAUUGGGCACAUAAUAGCGACGAGAAUCCACGGAUCGACGAUCACCAACGCCAGCAUGGACGUGUUCCUGCCAGAUGUCCCCGGCCUGGGCCACAUCGAGUCGUCGCCCACGAUCGGUGUCCACGGCGUUGUUAUUGACCCUGACUGGCAAGGCAAAUCGCUAGGCACGUUGUUGUUACACGACUACAUCCAAAAAUUAUCCAACCAAGACUUGGGUGAUCAAGUGGUCAUCAUUGCUCACGAAGGCCUCGUUCCCUUUUACGAAAAGAUCGGCUUCACCAACCACGGUAAGAGUGACUGCAAGUACGCCGGGGAAGAAUGGUUUGACUUGAGCAUCCGGUUGAUCCCCACUGACGACAUUUAG